UCCUUCAUCUUCUACCACACCACAACUCUAGAACCCUAGACGACAUCAGAAAACCAGGGUUACUUUUACUCUCUGUUAUUUGUCUCUCUAGCAGUAGCAGCGAUGGGCGUAGAUAUGGCUCCGGCACAGUCCAACAAGCUCCGGUGGGGAGAGAUGGAGGAAGAUGAAGGAGAGGACCUCGAAUUCUUGCUUCCGCGGCGCCAGGAGAUCGGACCGGACGAGAACGGGGUGAAGAAGGUGGUGGAGUACAAGUUCAACGACGAGGGAAACAAGGUCAAGAUCACCACCACCACCCGCAUUCGAAAGCUCGCCUCUGCUCGCCUCAGCAAACGCGCCGUCGAGCGCCGCUCCUGGCCCAAGUUCGGUGACGCCGUCCACGAGGACGUCGGCAGCAGGCUCACCAUGGUCUCCACCGAAGAGAUCAUCCUUGAACGCCCUAGGGCUCCUGGCAGCAAAUCUGAAGAAACAAAGGUUGCAGGCGACCCCUUGGCUCAAAUUGGGAAAGCAGGUGCUGUACUCAUGGUUUGCAGGACAUGUGGUAAGAAGGGUGACCACUGGACUUCAAGGUGCCCUUACAAGGAUCUUGCCCAACCGAGCGAGGGCUUCAUUGACAAGCCACCUGCAUCAGAAGUCCCAACCGUGACUUCCGGCCCUAGCAAGGGAAGCUAUGUUCCUCCGGGCAUGAGACCAGGUGCAGAAAGAACUGGGACAGACAUGAGACGCAGAAAUGAAGAGAACUCUGUCCGGGUCACCAACCUCUCAGAGGACACCCGGGAAGCUGACUUGCAUGAGCUGUUCCGUACCUUUGGCUCAGUGAGCCGUGUUUACGUUGCUGUUGAUCAGAAGACUGGCAUGAGUAGAGGUUUUGGUUUCGUUAACUUUGUGAACAAGGAAGAUGCCGAGAAAGCUAUUAACAAACUCAACGGGUAUGGUUAUGACAACCUAAUUCUCCGAGUUGAGUGGGCUGCACCUAGGGCAAGCUAGUAUUUUUCCCUAAGGUUAUGGAGACGUAUAAUUUAACCUUGUCAGUUGGGAUUUUGAACCUUUUACUAUUUUUGGUUUAGACUUAAUUUCUUAUGCUAUUGCUUGUUCAAGAUUUUGGGGAUCCUUUUCUUAAUAUAAAUUUUCUCACCUCGUCAUGAAGAAUGGGGUUAAGACUUAUAGUUAAUUUUACUGGAAUGGAAAACUCAAUUUAGUUGAGUA